AUGCGCUCCGUGACUUUGGCUAUGUUAUCGGUGCUGGUCGCCAUCGGUUCCUGCGGUCGUUUGGAGCCUCAAUAUCUGCCUCCUCGUCCCGGGGGCGGCGCGGGCGGCGCAGGUGGCGCGGGGGCCGGAGGCUUCGGUGGAGGUUCAGGGUCCUUCGGAGGCGGUUCGGGAUCUUUCGGUGGCGGCAGCGGCGGUGCCAACAUCCCCAUCCUAAAAUAUGAGAACGUUAACAAUGGUGAUGGCAACUACAGAUACAGCUACGAGACGGGUAAUGGUAUCAGUGCGCACGAGAGUGGUUCGCCGCGCGCGGCGGGCCCCGAGGGUCCAGCGGUGACGGCCGACGGCGGGUUCUCGUACCGCGCGCCCGACGGCCAGCAGAUCUCGCUCUCCUACACCGCCGACGAGAACGGCUUCCACCCCACCGGCAGCCACCUGCCCACCCCGCCGCCCAUCCCCGAGGAGAUCCUUCGCUCCAUCGAGUUCAACAGACAACACCCAGGAGGCGAGGGAGCCUACAACCCUGGCGCAGGUUCGGGCGGCUCAGGCGGAGCCGGUGGCUACCACUACUAA